GUUUGUUCCGCUAGCAGUCAUGGCGGUGCGCUGUCUUGUUUUGUAAUGGCCAGCCUUGCGUGUUGUGUGCCCGUAGAAUGUAGACUCGCCUGCGCGUAACCGUUUGUUUUGCCUCGUUUUCUCAGCGCGCACCUCUGACAGCUCAGCAUGGCGACCAAGAAGAAGGCGCUCGAAAUGCGCCGUAGCACGGCGGCGCAGUUUUUCAUGGACGAAGAACAAGUUGAACAGAAAUCCACCAGCGACCGGGUUGUCGAACUCAUCAACUUUUCCUCAUUGCAUCAUAGUAUCAAGGACCAUCACAAAGUGAACAAUCUUCGCCAGGUUCAGGAGCUCAUAGUCUACAAGGAGCCGGACCUACUCGACAACUUUCUCGAUGAAAUGCUCGCGUUCCAAAACGACCGGUCAUCGGAGGUCCGAAAGUUUGUCGUGGGAUUCAUAGAGGAAGCAUGCAAACAAGAUCCGGACAUCUUCCCAAAGGUCCUGGUCAAUCUACGCAUGAUGUUUCGGGACGAAGCAGUCGCGGUGCAGAAGAGGGUCAUUCAGGCCACCACGCAGCUGUACAAAGUGGCACUACGAUGGAUAUGCCAGGCCAAAAAAGUUGAUGAUCUCAUGGAAACAUCUUGGGAGUACAUCAGAAGCCUCAAGAACGACAUUGUGUCUCUUCUGGACUGUGACAAUGACGGUAUCCGGACGCAUACCAUCAAGUUUAUGGAAAUGCUAGUCAUACUGCAAACUUACCCGGACGGUGACAGUCCAAAGAAAACGGGCAACGACUUUGCUCUGGACGACGUUCCAUUGAUGCUCAAGUUCAUCAAGCCUCGCAAGUUGGAAGAGGAGGCAAAGCAAGUCUUCGACGCACUCGUCGUGUUCCAUGGGACUCCGCACAUCUCAAGCAUCAACUUGAUGACCUGUAUGCAAGCUCUGGUGCUUAUUGCGAAGCACAGGUCGGAGUUCAUGUCAAGAGUCAUUCAGGCACUGGAAUCGCUUCACGCUAACCUGCCACCAACUUUGGCCAAGUCCCAAGUGAGCAGCGUGCGAAAGCAUCUCAAGCUUCAAUUACUAAUCCUCAUGAAGCACCCCGCUGCUGUUGACUAUCAUGGGCAAAUUAGUACCCUCCUAACCGAUCUUGGAGCAACACCUCAGGAGAUCUCAAAGAGCAUGCCCAAGCCGGACGAGAUCAAAAAGCGAGCACGCCUCAUAGAGGAAGGCACAACAGCCGCACCUGGAGGUGCCUCAGCACCGCCCAGUGUCAAGCGAAUAAAACUUGAGGCCGAAGAAGAGGAGGAAGAGAAAGAGGAGGAGGACACCUCACCAAUAUCGAAGGCAGCCACCAACACGGCCAUCGACAUCACUGCUGAAGAUCUGGUGCCGCGGCUGACGACCGUCAACGUCACCGACGUCGUCCUUGUGAGCAUGCUUUCGUUGCCAGAGGUAAUGCCGGCGCAUUUCCAAGCAUCCUACACUCCCAUUGCUGUGGCCGGCACAGAGACCCAGAUCAAGCAUUUGGCGAGGCUCAUCUCGACCCAGAUGACUGCCUUGGGAUUGGGCAAGGGAGUGGAGGAGAUGAUUGCCAAAGCCAAGGAGCAGCAGCAGCAGGACGAGGAGGCCAUGCAAACAGACGAAGCAGCAAUGCCAAAGCAAACAAUUCAGACUCUGCUAGGUGGAACCACAGCAGAUGCCAAGAAGAAAGAGGCCAAGAACACCAUUCUUGUUCCUACAGGCUUUGAGCCUAAAAGCCGAAGACUCCGGCAGCUGAACUUGUCAGACAUCACGAGGCCCCUUUCCGACGAGGAAAUGACGCAGAUGCUCGUCUCUACGGUUCGGAGGAUUCUCGACGCUGGCCGUGAAUCGAGGGCACACAACACCAGUAUAUCGCCGGUCCAAGUUAAGAUUCUUGCUGGAUUGGCGACCCAGUUUGGAGGAGAAAUCAGCGCAAUGCUCAAGGGGUACAUCUUGGAAGACCUUCGCUCGCACGUUGACAUCGCCCUGGCCUGGCUGUACGAGGAAUAUGCGCAGUUACAGGGGUUCCUGCAGAGCGGCACUGGCAUGGAAAAGAGCACUAGCAGCGACUCAUACGUUCACUGCCUGACCAACUUGCUCGUGGAUAUUCUGCAGAAGUGCGAGUCACGGGACCGAGAUGCGUUGUUCAGCCGCUUCUUUCUGGAGAUACCAUCCAUCACAUCAGAGGCGCUCAUCAUUCUGAAGCAGUACUGCCAAAACGAGUCCACAGUGGCCAACGGUCUGUCGAUCCUGAGGUCGCUGGUGGACUACCGGCCUCCGGGACAGAUCGAGUACCUGCAGAAGCUGCUCGAGCUGACUGUCUCUCAGAAUCAAGAAGUGCGGCUGCAGGCAGCCAAGCAUGCCAAGCAGCUUCAUGAACGUGGAAAUUUUAGGCCAAUCAUUGAGGACUUUGCAUUGAUGUACCUGAGGUAUCUCCUGGAGCCGUCACCUCCCCAGCACUUGUUCCAUGGCUGUCAUGUGUGGACGGAAGACAACACGAAGAUCUGCAUGCAACUGUACAUAAACCUUCUGCCUGUCAAUCACAAGCUGAUCCAUGAUCUCGCUGUUGUCUAUGUGGGCGCCAUUGCUGAAAUCAAGAGGACCAUUCUGCGUGGCCUUGAGGGACCUGUCAAAGGCAUGGGCAUGUCCUCCCCCGAACUGCUGCUGCUGGUGGAGAACUGCCCGAAAGGGGCCGAGACGCUCGUCACUCGCAUCAUCCACAUUCUCACCGACAAAACUCCGCCAUCAUCAGAAUUAGUGGCCAGGGUCCGAGACCUUUACCACAAGCGCGUGUCUGACGUGCGUUUCUUGAUACCAGUGCUGAACGGCCUUUCAAAGAAAGAAGUGAUUGCAGCACUCCCCAAGCUCAUCAAGCUGAAUCCCAUAGUUGUGAAAGAGGUUUUUAAUCGCCUGCUCGGUAGUCACGUUGAAUCAACGGCAAACUUCACAAGCCCAGUGUCUCCUGCUGAGCUGCUGGUGGCCCUACAUAACAUCGAUCCUUCCAAGUGUGACGUCAAAACAGUCAUCAAAGCCACAUCUCUGUGCUUUGCUGAGAAGCACAUCUACACGCAAGAGGUUCUGGCUGUGGUCAUGCAGCAGCUGAUGGAGCAGAGCCCCCUGCCCACCCUGCUGAUGCGCACGGUCAUCCAGUCUCUCAGCUUGUACCCAAGACUCUUGGGAUUCAUCAUGAACAUCUUGCAACGACUCAUCACCAAGCAGGUGUGGAAGCAGAAAAAAGUAUGGGAGGGCUUCAUCAAGUGCUGCCAACGGACCAAGCCACAGUCGCUGCAGGUGCUUCUUCAGCUGCCCGCCGAGCAGCUGCGAAAUGUGUUCCAGGUCAGCCCCGACCUUCAGCAACCACUCGUGCAGCACGUCAGCGCCUUCACCGACCACCAGAGAGCACACAUACCCGAGUCUAUAUUGGAGGUGCUCAAUCUAGGCAGGCCCAAGGCUGACAGUGAUAAGUCAAAGUCGGCAGAUAAAGAUAUCGCCCUAAAGAUGAAAAAAGACUCAUCUAGAGAAUCAAGAGAUUCCAGGGAAGCGAGAGACUCGAGGGAUUACAGUGGCAGUCGCUCGGAGAGGGACAGUUGGCGGCCUUCAAGCAACACCAAGAUCAGACUGUCGACAUCAGAAGACAGCAGUGGGGCACUGCAGGAGCUCGACGCGUAAAUUUGGGGACGAUACGUGUGGUAAUUGUGACCGUGAAAUAGCGAAGAAUAAAUAUGUUAAUGUACCAACACAA